AUGAGCACCACCGCUGAGAUCGAAACUCGUCUUUUCAUAGACGGCGAAUUCGUCCCCUCGUCUGAUGGGGGAAAGUUUGACAUUAGAAGCCCUUUUACAGGCGAUCUAGUUGCCCAGGUGCAUGAGGCGAAGUCCGUGGAUGUUGACCGCGCGGUUGAGAGUGGGAAGAAAGCAUUCCCGGCAUGGGCAGCUAUGGAUGGAUCCACAAGGAGAACGCUCAUGUUGAGACUGGCUGAUCUGGUUGACCAGAACAUUUCGGAGUUCGCACGACUCGAAGCUCUGUCUAUGGGGAAGCCUGUCUCUUCCUAUAUGGACCAGAUUGGUACAGCAACACUCAGGUAUUAUGCGGGAAAGGCUUUGGACAUUCACGGCGAAACUUCACUAGUCUCAGAGGGCCAGCUGAACUUCUCACUCAAGCAGCCAUAUGGGGUCACUGCGGCCAUUAUCCCAUGGAACGUCCCCUUGAUUAUGAUCUGUUUUAAAGUCGGCCCCGCACUCAUUGCUGGAAAUACCAUGGUGCUGAAGUCCUCCGAGAAAGCACCCCUGACCUCCCUUCUUUUUGCUCGGCUCGCAAAAGAGGCCGGAUUUCCUCCCGGAGUCUUCAACGUUCUGUCGGGAUUUGGCCAGACUUGCGGGGAUGCCAUCGCUCGCCACAAGGAGAUCCGCAAGAUUGCAUUCACGGGCAGUUCAAGGACAGGUAAACUCAUUCAGAAGGCUGCAGUGGAGUCUAAUUUCAAAGAUUGUUCUCUUGAGCUUGGGGGAAAGAGUCCAAUAGUGAUCUUCGAUGAUGCUGAUCUCGAAAAAGCAGCUAAAGCCGCUGCCUUUUCUAUCGUGGUUAACUCCGGCCAGGUGUGCAUGGCAUCUUCACGGGUCUACAUACAAGAUUCGAUUAUGGACCAAUUCAAGAAAUUAUAUCUCAAUGCAAUCCAAGCAGACACAAGUUUUGGGCCCCAGGCGGAUACACAACAACACAAGAGCGUUUCUGCGUUUGUGGAGCAGGCUAAAAAUGACAGACUGAAGGUCCUGUUGGACUCUUCGCCUGACAAGGAUGGGAAAAACUUCGUUUCUCCCAUGGUGCUGCAUGAUGUGCCCGAAAGUCACAACCUUAUGCAAGAGGAAAUCUUUGGAGCCGUAUCCUGCCUUAACACCUUCAAAACGGAAGAAGAGGUUAUCUCCCGGGCAAAUGACUCCGAGUUCGGUCUGUAUGCCACCGUCUUUACUUGUGAUUUGAACAGAGCCAUCCGUAUGGCGAAGAACUUCGAGGCAGGCUCUGUCGGUGUAAAUAUCAGUUCUCCUUAUUAUUGCCAGGAUCUUCCUAUGGGCGGCUUUAAACAGUCUGGGACUGGACGAGAACUUGGGAAAGAGGGGCUUGACAUGUGGACUGAAGUCAAGUCGGUAUAUGUUUCGUUGGAGUGA